CGGUUUGUGAACAAAAUUGUUUCAUUGGAAAAAAAUUGUUUCUUCAACACUAUUUUUUAAAAUUUGUGACACCAUGUGUUUUUUUAAAUAUAUAUCACAAUAAGUGACUUUACAGUAAAUGGUGGGGUGGGGGGGGGGGUGCAAGGUUCACUUAUAGUUGUAUAUACAAAAACAAGGCUGAUUUCUUGUGCCUCAUCAAAAAAAAAUGCUGCUGGGCUUUGUUUUUGUUUUUUGAGAGUUGUCCACUAGAGGGAGUCCAAGAGCUGUGUUCCUCGCCCAUGAGAUGAGCUUUGAACAAGUGUAACAGAACCCGAGGGAGUUGACGUUCCCUGUUCCCUUUUCAUUACGCCAUGAAUGUGUCAGGACUCCACUGAAUACUUGUGCAGCCGUACCCUUGUGAGCAUCCCUGAGGAGACGGUGGAACAUUUGGAAAAGUAGGUCACGGUGUGGUUUUGGCUCAAUGCGAUUGAGGUCACAUUGUUGACAUUUGACCUCAAAACCGUGGAUUUGGUCGGUUUUUAUUCAUUCACUUCGUAGCAUCGCCUUCAUUCCUUAAAAUAUUUUGGGAAAACCAAGAAAUAAUGGCACUGUGCUUUAAAAAAGCCAGGAAAAGAGGCACAGGGUGAGAACACUAUCAUCACAGAGUGGUGUGAGUCUGUGAGAUACUACGCAGCACUGUGACAUAAGCACUUAGCCAUUUUGUGUUGAGUCACGGUGAGACUAGAUGCCAGAGUGCUGUUUCUUUGUCGCACCUCAAAUAGCUGACACAUUUAACCUUUUCCCAUUUUCCCAGCCAUUAGCUAAUGCUAGUCUGUGCAGUCUUCAAGUCUCAAAGCAGCUCCGCUAAUGCUCUGGCUUGCCUUGGUGUUUCUGUCUAGUGCCAUCCAGUUGUCCCUUGAAAGUAGCUUCGGAUCUUCACCCAGGCUUGCGCCCAAGUCAACCACAGGGAUGCUUUGUUUGGGGGCAGUUACAAAGUAAAUUAGCAAAACUGUUAAGCAACAGUGGACCAAAAAUUCAGAACAACCGGUACUCUCUCGGAGACACAUUUUCCGAAAUAGGCUGACAAUAAAACAUAAGACUUGCAGAUGGCUGAUGAUUUGUAUACAGGCAAUGAAAAAGUUCCUUUUCCGUAAUAUGUAGCCUUUAACAAGGGCAUUCAGAUCAUCACAUCUUUCUGUCACUUAUGGCUAGAAUGCAAAAAAAAAAAAAAAAAUGCAAUCAGGUGGUGAAGUGAGGGUGCAGAAAGCAAAAAAAAAAAAAAAGGCCAGUCAAUUAAUAUGGCGAGGGAGUGAGCUAAAAAGAGAUGCCGUCGGGGAAGAAGUGUGACAGACACAGAGUGACGAGCGAAGUGACAGGACGCAAACAUGGACCAGAGCGCAACCACGAUGAGCAUAUAGCAGCAGACACACGCGACCGUGGAAGGAAAGUUAGAAGACGAGAGCAGGAUGAGUGUCCGGUGGGAGACAGAAGGCCUGCAGACGGUGGGCAUCGUGUGUCUGGUCAUCAUGUUCCUCAAACUGAUGCACUUGCUGGGCCUCAUUGACAUCACCGAGACUGACAACAGUGACAGUGAUCUGGAGCUGUCGACGGUGCGUCACCAGCCGGAGGGCCUGGACCAGCUUCAGGCUCAGACCAAGUUCACCAGAAAAGAGCUUCAGUCACUCUACAGAGGCUUCAAGAAUGAAUGUCCCAGCGGUCUGGUUGACGAGGAGACAUUCAAGUGCAUCUAUGCUCAGUUCUUUCCUCAAGGAGACGCCACCACGUACGCUCACUUCCUGUUCAACGCCUUUGAUAUCGACAGGAAUGGUUCGAUCCGCUUUGAGGACUUUGUCAUCGGGCUGUCGGUGCUGCUCAGAGGCUCCGUCACAGAAAAACUCAACUGGGCCUUCAACCUAUACGACAUCAACAAAGAUGGCUACAUCACCAAAGAGGAGAUGCUGGCAAUAAUGAAGUCCAUCUACGACAUGAUGGGCAGGUACACUUACCCGUGUGUGCGAGACGAGGCCCCAUCUGAGCAUGUGGACAAAUUCUUCCAGAAAAUGGACAGAAACCGAGAUGGUGUUGUGACCAUCGAAGAAUUCAUUGAGACCUGCCAGAAGGAUGAGAACAUCAUGAACUCCAUGCAGCUAUUUGAGAAUGUAAUCUAAUACAUCAGGUUGCUUUGAGAAAGUUUUUUUUUUCUCAUACAGACCACACUCACAACCACAGCACACCCAUCACCUGUACCUGAACCACCAAAUAGAUGACAUCUUGGCACUUCAUGUACUGUAAGUAGUGCAAAGACACAGGGGGGAUUUUUCUAUUUCUCACAACACUUCUUUUAGGUGCACUAUCCCACAGCUACUAAAAAGGACCACAUUGGACACGAGAUGAACCUUCUGUUGAGAGCGCACAGCAGCACACGUUUUUUGUACAAUUUAUGUUCCUAAUAAAGCCACAAAAGGACUUUUGUCACCAAACUGGAGGAAGAGGUCAUCGACAAAUGAAGGACACAAUAUUAGGCCUCAGAGUUCCCUUUUAUUUGGACAAACGCUCUGCAUAAAGUCAGCCCUGUUGAGCUCACAACGGGUAACGAAAUGGAAACUAAAAAAGGGAACAAAGCAUGUUUGUGACAUGAAAUUAGCUUGCACUAACAAUUCUAGUUUCUGCGCCUGGGGAAAAACAAAGCGGUGUCAAUAUCUGCACAGCUGAGUGGAAAAUUCUGUACAUAGUGUGUGUAAAGCUGUCUCGCUUUUGUAAACCAAAAAUGACAUUUAGUGACAGCACCUCAUAGAAUUAAAGCAGAUUGCUUUGUGUUAUUUUGUAUUGAAUUAAGAUUAUGUUUAAAUUAGUCAAACGGCCACAGUCUAUCUGUGCAGUACUUGAAGAAGUAGGUCUGUAAAACUGGGGUUUAUAUGCUGAAUGAAGGUUUUAUUUAUGUUGGUUCUUCAGUAUCUUCCUCGCAUGCUGACUCAAGUGCCACAGUGUAAUGUGCAGUACAGUCGGAUCUUUGUGACGUGGGUUAAUAAAGAUGCAGUCAAGUGCUGUGA